AUGAGCUCGCUGUGGGCCAGCCGGCUGGCCUACGUGCAGUACCCGGGCCUGUGGCACGAGGUGGAGUGGUCGUGGCGCGAGGGCGACCCCGAGAUCAUGCCAGCCGAGCUGAGGGCGGCGCUGAGAAAGGAGGAGGCCGCUGUCGUCGACGAGUUCCCGUCCGGCCACCACCGGAUCCUCUUCGGCCGGGACGAGUGGAUCAACUACCUCGACAGUGUCUGCGACCCUCCGCGGGGCGCCUGCUGGAAGAAGCGCCCAGACGGCUCGCUGGCAUCCGGGGGGGGGCGCUGCGGCUUCCCGCGCCCAGUCGCAGGCCUCCAGGCGCCCUCCGCGUGGCCCGCGGGGCCCGCCGCGCGGCGGCGCCCGGCGCCGCGGCCGCUGCCCCGC